AUGGACAAAGUCAACAAGGACCAGCCACGUCUGCCGGACAAGGAGCAGUACGACAGCCUCUUGUCUGGAACGGACUCGGACUCGGUCGACAUGGACGCCAUCGGCGGCUGGUCGCGGCGGCGUCGUUGGGGCCGCGCCCCUCUCUUGAUCAUUCCUGCCGUCCUCCUCUUCUUCGCUGGGGUGACGCUCGUUGCCAUUGAGUCGUCCAAUGUGUCGAGGAUGCACGCUCUCUUCUCGCAGCUGCACCACAAGCUCGACGCCCUCGACAAGCACGUGCAGGCACCGGUGCCAGUGUCGGUGCCGGCCGCGCCCAAGACGGCAGCCGUGCCGACGGGCGACGAGCUGGGCCACUGCGGCUCAUCCAUCGCCGAGGCGCGGUCGCUCGGCUGCAUCUUUGAUCCCAUGUCGUGGGCGUGGCAGCGGCCCGAGUGUUACCAUCCGGAGCUCGUCGCCGACUUCCUCGCGCGCAUGGACUGGCGCUUCUAUCUGACCAAGCAGGCGUUGCCGUCCGAGGAGGUGCCACGCGAGGCAUGGGUCCGGGGCGACUAUCUGUCGCUUUACGGGCCGGGCUCGUGGCAUACCUUUCACUGCACCUAUUCGUGGCGCAAGUUCCACGAAGCCUUCAGAGACAAGAGGCCCAUGGACAAUGACAUCCUUCAGCUCCAGCAUACAUUGCAUUGCGACACCAUCUUCCUGCACGACCUGGAUCCGAACCUGACUGCGGCGUGCGACACGGCACCUGGAGGCUGCAACACGACCGAGGUCAAUGCCGGCUUCAACUCUUGCGGCUGGUACUGA